CUUAGGUGGGUUCAAUUGAAUUUCAGCUCGCACCUGUCUCAGUGCGUUUGUCAACUGUGUACAGAAAAGGCUUGUAAUGAAAUAAGUUGGGUUACAAAUAGGUUUUGAUCCAGCAUGUGGUCCAUGUGCAUGUUUCUUCAUGAUACAUAAAACAUGGCCCAAUAUAUACUGAAUAUGAUAGUAAAACAACUGUGUCAGGUCCUUACAGUUGUAGCAGAUCACAAUCCCACAUAAUAACAAUAAUACUACCAAUAAUACAUAUGAUAUAAUUUGUAUAUUAACACAAUGUAUUCAAAUUUAAUCAAUCAUACAUAUAUACCCCUUGUAUUAUUAUUAUGAUUCUUAUUAUUAUUGAACAACCUACUGGAGAUCUAUUGCCAGUGCUUAGUUUCUUCCCAUCCUACUGAAACCGGAGAGAAGAGAGAGUGCAUUGCAUCACUACCCACUCCUCGCAGCAUUGGUCGCCAUCCAUCCACCUCUCCUCUUUCCAGUACCAAAACAGAUGGUGGAAAAAUCAUCACAUCUGCCGGGACGCAGGACAACAAUAGACAGCAUCUUGCCCAAGAGAACCGGGCGUCCAUCAUGUUUGCUGUCAAGAGCUCCAUGAGGCUGUGAGCGCCGUCGGGAUUUUUGACACGGGGUACCAUCACGGCAGCCGAGGAUUCUUCUCGCGACUGUCUGGGCUCUCCAUCGAGUGGGGAAGAUGGCCGCCAUGAAAAUUUUAACCAGCAGUGGGCUGUUCUUAGCGUUCUGUGCGUUGGGGUUGCUAGCCAUGGCAAUCUGCACCGACUAUUGGUAUGAGACAGAUGCGCGGAGACACCGAGAAAGGUGUAAAAACUACGCCAACAAGAGAAACGACCCGGGGUACAUAUACAUCUCAAAUAGCAAUCUCCCCCUCCAGAUGCCCCCAAAGGGCAUUGAAAGGAAAGGUAACAGUCCAAGUGCCGGAGCUCAGCCUCUUAUUAGGGAAAAACGGCACUUUCUGGCUGCAGCAUCAGCUAUGGAGUCCCACUGCAGUCGCCAGUUCAAUUCAACCAUCUCUGGGCUCUGGAGAAAGUGUCAUCGAGAUGGAUUUGACCUGGAGACAGAAGAUCUCAUAUAUAAAGGUUUGAUUCAGCGGUGCAUCCCAGUCAAGUAUCACUACUCUUCCUCCAUCCUUCCGCGCAAUUUACCCAUCAACAUCACCAAGACCAUCCGUCAGGAUGAGUGGCAUGCACUCCAUCUACGCAGGAUGACGGCUGGCUUUGUGGGCAUGGCCGUGUCUAUCAUCCUGUUUGGCUGGAUUAUCGGAGUGCUGGGCUGCUGUCAGCAGCAUGACCUAAUGCAGUAUGUAGCUGGACUACUCUUUCUCAUGGGAGGAACGUGUUGUAUCAUCUCCCUGUGUACGUGUGUGGCGGGCAUCAACUUUGAGCUGUCGCGUUACCCACGCUACAUGUAUGGCCUCCCAGAGGAUAUUAGCCAUGGCUACGGCUGGUCCAUGUUCUGUGCCUGGGGGGGCUUAGGCCUCACUCUGCUGGCUGGUUUCCUGUGCACCCUGGCCCCAUCCCUAAGCACCCCCUCCCGUACAACCGUCCACAAGCCCAGGCAGGAGAAUGGAACCGUGUGAUGGGACUGUGUGACUGGCCCACGGAGCACACAAAUAAGCAACACCCAUCCAACUUCAUCCAACGUUUUUGUCCAACCACCAUCUCACCUCAUCCCCCUUCCCUGUCAUCCGUCUGAAUCAUGAGUGUACCAGAGAAAUUGUACAUGGGAGAACAGAGCAAAGACAAACCACACCAAACUGUACUCUUUACUGUACAUCUAAGACACACAGAGCAAUGGCCCCCAGAAUACUUUGGGACAUGGCAAGACCUUUUUGUUGUUAAACGUUUGACUACUAACUCUAUGGAAGCCUAAAGGUGACUGUUUGUCUGUUUGUUUUUCCCAAGAGGAAUUGUCUUAAAAUGGUGCUCUCUUUUAACACACUCAACAAAGAACACAGUCCAAGAGCUUAGAAAGAAACAACAAGCAUCUCUAAAUGGAACAAACCAACAAACAAGAACAUGUGGCAGAGCAUCCUGUCAUCAUUCCUCUUUUAGUCGGGUGGUCUGUACUGUGUUUGUUAUUGUUCGCAACAAAAAAUUAUGCUGGCAUAAACUGUCCAUUGUUUUGAAUCAGCUGACUGAUGUCAAGCAUUAUCCCUAGGAAGGACUUUACAGUUUAAGCCUAAAACCUGCUUCUUGCAGCAGAGGACCAAGAGCACAAACUGGAAAUGGCAGGGGUGGAACAGCAAGAUACAAUUUUGAAGAGCAAAUCUUUCAACGCUUCUAUGAUUCAGUAUGUACAAAUGCAUCUCUACGUAGAUUCAGGUCAUUGUUUGUAUAAAGUAACUCUUGAAUAAGAAAAAAUGUUUCUGUUUGUUUCGAGUUAACAAUGGCAAUUUGGGUCUUCAGUGAUGUUGUUUGCUGGAAUAAAUUGUACGCUUCAUGAUUAGAAGAAUAAGAGGGAUUGCAAGGCACAUUAAGUACUGUUUGAGAGUAGCAGAGGCAGUUAAAGGUCCAGUGCAGUCAAACAUGUGAUUUGCCUGUGUUUUAUAUAUAUUUCCACACUAUGAGUUUGGAAUAAUACUGAUAAUGCCAUUUUAGCGUAAGAGCUGUUUGAAGAUGUUUUAAUUGAAAACAAUCACAGUGAGCUACUUAAUUAUAACACAGAAAUGAUUUGAUAUUGAGAUAAAAACGUCUGCAUUGGACCUUUAAGGAUCAGUAAAUAUUGUAUGUUGAAGGACGGGGUUCAAUGAAUAAAAAUGUAACCUUCUGGUAACACAUUCAAACUUAGAAACAAUGACAGACGGUAAUUUACAGUUAUAAGUGACAAUACCUGCCGUCUUGGAUUUGGCAGGAAUUGAACUGCAGACACCAGUGUUGGACUUGCAUUUAAUGUAUUCUGUCACAAAAACCUUCACAUAGCACAACACAUUGUAGCAAGUAUCAAUGCAUUGAGUGAUUUGUUUUGUGUGAAUUGCUGCAAAAUGCAGGUAUUUGCACAGCAUUGAUUCCCAAAGCUUCUGUUAAAGUUUAUCAUUGAAUCCAUGUCUUAUUCAACACAACAUUUCUGUUAAUAUUCUUCUGUCAGUGAAAAUGGGUCAUGUUGAGAUUGACAUUGAGAGAGCAGUAGGGCUGUGAAAAGUCAAUGUCAUGUUUACAUCAGUAACACCACUGGUAUGUUGUUUUUUCCUGUCUAUCAAUCCUUCUCUCCUCACGUUUGAUGCACAUAGCUGUUCUCUGUAUUCUUCCUCAGUAGGGGGAAACUAGGAAUCAGCUCAGGUCUCUUGGAGACAAGACCAAUAAUGUGGCAGCUUGUAAGCAGACAACAUGAUGUCCUGUUAAAGCAUCAACUGCAUCACUUUAGUAUGAAGGAUCCCUUUUGAGUCGACCACUUUCCUGCAAGUGGGCCGAAUGAAUUGAGGGAGCUCACCAUUUCUAAUUUCAGUGCCACUUUUGCCCCAGGCAACAGGCAGUCAUACUGGCCCUUUGCAGUUUUCUGAGUCCCCUUCGCAAUUCAUAGAGAUCAGGAGAGGUCAAAAGGCCCUCAUUUGGGUAACAUUUGAUUAAUGUACUCUGUAAGUACCCAGUUCUUGCAGGACUUGAGAGGUGUAAUAAUGAUACAAGCACACUUGUGUAUUACAUAAAGGGUCUGGGAUGAAACUCAGGCCAUGUUAUUUGUGGCAGGUCUGGGUUCAGACAGGCUUCGGAGGCUAGCACUACACAUGAAUUAAGAUGGAAUUACAGGUAAGAUGGAUUGAUGUAUUUUGUGAGUACAGAGUACUCAAGGAACACCGUUUUGUUACCUAUGUUUUAAAAAAGCACACUCAUUGUGACUCUUUUUCAGCAGUGUUAUGAGGUGAGGUGAUGAGCUAUAACCUUUCCAGUGAAUUAGUGUUUGACUGUAGAUAAAAAAAACUUUGCCUCAAAGUGAUUACAAAGUGAAACAUCCAAACAUUGUUACUACAUGUAGCACCACCUCAGACUUGUAAAAGAGUUGUGGAUAUUGGUGGUGUUCUGCUGCCAUUCUGAGCUCAUCCACAGUCUUCUCCUCCAGUUUAUAUCAACACACAUGUACAGGUUUUGUCCCUUAGAUCUCUAAAUUGGCCAAUGGUAUUGAAUGCAUGGAUACUUGCUACAAUAAACAAUACAUGUAUUGCAAUUGCGUUGUUUGAAUAAUGAUAAAGGUUUUGUUGCUAAUCCGGUUGAUAGAGAAAAAUAUGGAUAGCAGAGCAAGAUUUCUGAAAAAGUGGUCAAAUGGCCAUGUAAAAAAGAAUGAGAGAAGGGGUAAGCACAAUAUACAACUUGUAUGCAAAAGUGACAGCAAAAUAGUUAUCUUAUUGGGACUUCUAGUGUUUCAUGAGGAACUGGAAAGUGUUCAGUGUGAGCAAUGUGGGACACUGUGUACAAAUGCCACAAUUCCAAGUGGCACCUCUUUAAGUAGCACUGCUAUGAUUUUCUACAUGUCAUUUAUACUGGUUCAAUCCACGAGGAUGGAGAAAGACGAUUAAAAGACAUUAUAGUCUCGCAUGAGAUCAUUAUGGUUCAUUUCUUUUAAUGUAUUCAAACUUGUGUCCAUUUUUUUUAAAUCUAAUUUAUUUUACUGAAAUAAAAUGUAAUUAAUAUACUAUUCUGAAGUCAAAUGUGUCUGUAUAUUUCAUGUAUUUUAGAUGUCUAUGUCAUCUUAUGUCACAACAGAAAAACACUGAGCUUAGGUAAACCUCUUCCUGUGUACUGGCCAUCUGGGCUUACAUGUACACUAUUUCACACUCAUAGAGAGUAUAAUCAAAUAGGCUAUUAUGGUUCUUGCAACCACUGCAGUAAAGUUUUGGUUGGACAUGUGGCACAUUUUUCAGAGGAAUUACAUGAAUGCCAUGAUUUGACAAUAAAAAAAGCACCAUCAUCCAUCUCAGUUUGUCUUUCAUCAGUAUGUAGCACAUAUUCAUUCUCCAAACUAAAUACAGCAUUUAUGAGGUUUUAAAAACAAUCACACGGAUGUUGCCGACAUCUGUCAGUUAGUGAGCUGACACUGAUUUAGUCCAAAUGCUAGACUUACUUUAAGUGGACCUCAGUGGAUGAAUUCCCUGUAAGAAUAUUAGGCUGCAUUUAGACAGGCAGCCCAAUUCUGAUCUUCUUUUCCACCAAUAGGUCUUUUGACCAAUCACAGGUCUUUUCAAAUUAGAUCAUCUUAAGGCUGAUUUGAUUGGUCAAAAAAACGAUCAUAAUUGUGGUGCAUGUCUAAAUUCAGCCAUAGAGGCUAAGAAACCCUGGGCUAAGUGUUACUUGUACCAUCUAUUGCUUAUGACACAGUGCCACCUAGAGGAAAGUUGUGUAUUUUCUGUCUGUGUCCUCAGUCGUGUUAAUUCCAGCAACUGAGAAAGAGUCAAGGCUGCAAGGUAAUAGCUAACCAUCGAACAUCUGACUACAGAUAAAUUGAUAGUUCACAUUUUUGCCCUUUUUCAUGCCCAUGUGAUGUCAUUACAUGAUAUUCAAUCAGAGUACAUUCCAAAAUAUACAUAAAAUAAUGAAAAAUAAACAUUUCAUAACUGAUCCCUAUAUCGUCUUCUCUCAGGGUUCUAACAAAAAUAUUUUAUAAUACAAUAAACCAAUUGUUAUAGAGAAAUGACUGGAUAGUCUUCAGAUGAGCCCUUAUCCAAUGUAGUAAAAUACAAUUCUAAAUGCCAUUAUCUCUCAGCUAUACUAGCCAUUCUGAAUCAACUCUUUUAAAGACUACAGGAUCGAUUUUUACAGGUAAGAUCACUUUUUCAAACUAAUCUUACAUUUUUUUAUUUUUUUUAUUUAACUAGGCAAGUCAGUUAAGAACAAAUUCUUAUUUACAAUGACGGCCUA